UGUAUGUGUGAAAGAUAUUUUCUGAUGCAAAUCUUUUGUAUUGUAGAGUGGUAGAUUUUGCAACAUUUUCCGACAUGAAAAAUGCGAUCGAUAAACUAGAUGACACUGACUUGAGUGGUCGUCGCAUUAGACUUAUUGAGGAUAAAUCGAGGAGACGAUCACGAUCCAGAUCCAGAUCGAAGAGCCACUCUCGCUCUCCCAGCAGAAGCCGGAGCAAGAGCAAAAGCCGAAGCAAGUCGCGCUCCAUGUCCAAAUCGAGAUCUCGCUCUAAGUCUCGCUCCAAAUCACGAUCACAUUCCAAGUCUCCCAUCAAGGCCAGGUCCAGCCGUUCUCGUAGCAGGAAGCAAUCUCGCAGCCGCAGUGCUAGCCAAGAAAGCCAAGGAAAGGAAUCUUAAUUUGUUUAUUCACAGACGUGAUCACUUAAUCACAUCUUUUGAUGAAGAUUUAUGCUUGAGUUUAGAAAAUAUGUGUCACUUGUCUCUUUGAGAAUUUCUCCAAUAUUGAAAAUACUUUGGCCCCCCCUUUUUUUUUUCUUUGAAUGAUUUAGCUUUAAUAUUAAUUAUCAAUGACAAAGCCUAUAUUGUUCAGUUAAUGACUAUUUCUGUUAAUUUAGCUGGUAGCUUUUUGAUAAAGAUUUUUUUUCCUUCAUUUAUUUUUCAGCUGCAUUAAGUUAAUUCUCAUUUGUACACUCUUAUAGCAUUCAUUUGAAAUAGCUUCUUGUUUGUGUGUUGUGUGCAUAGUAAAAGCAUGCAUCAUGGAAAUUAAAAAGUAUGUCUUAAAAAGCUUUAAAAAGAUAUUUGGCAUUUUUUAGUGGGAGGAGGUUAAACUUUUUCUUUGCAUGUGUUUAUAAUUGAUACUUAAAUUUCACCUUGUAAUAGCAAUCAAAUUUUUACUUUUCUUUUUUUGUAUUUUCAGUGUCUGUAUUCUAAAUUUUUUUCAUGCAGUUAUGUAUAUAACAUCAAUAAAAUAAGUUCCAUAGAA